GGCGCUGUUACGAACGCCGAAAGCGUCUUUUCAAGGAUAUAAGUGAUAAAGGGAUGUAAGGAAUGCAGGGAUGUUAGGAAUGUAGGGAUGUGCGGAAUACAGGGAUGUAAAGGAAACAGGGAUGUAAAGGAAUCAGGGAUGUAAAGGAAUCAGGGAUGUAAAGGAAUCAGCGAUGUAAAGGAAUCAGGGAUGUAAAGGAAUCAGGGAUGUCAAGGAAUUAGGGAUGUCAAGAAUGCAUACGGGAAUAAUAAAAUCAACACGUUCGUCCUCUUAAUGAGUUUAUUCAAUAAGCUAAGAAGAUAAAUACAGCAAAUUAAAUGAACGCAGAAAAUAAAAUAAAGGUAUAUGCAUGUUUAGCAGGUAGAUCUGCACCCCUCGGCGGUCGGUAUAAGAGUGCUGAUGUUUCACUUCGCUCUACGUCGAACAGUUGAUAAUGAAGAAACAAUAAGCUUCAAAAUAUAACCUUAAAGUAUGGAAGAACGCAAAUGUAAAUGUUUAUAAAUAUACGAUGUCAGGUUUAAAUUUACUACAAACGUAUACUUCUUCUGAUUCUGAAGAUGAUGAAGAUAACAAUGAUAGCCACAAAGUUAUUGAAGUUCCUAAACGUCUACCUUUACCUGGUAGUAUAGCAUCAUGGAAAGGUGUUCCACAUCAUGAAGAAAUUGAUGAUAAUCCAAAUCAGCAUGGGGGACGAAUGAGAAGUUUCAAACAUGAACGUGGUAACUGGGCUACCUUGGCCUACAUUAACUAUGAACCUAGUGAGACCAUGACAUCAUGGAUGUUUUCAAUAUUGAGAGAAGUACCAAUUAAGUGUAAUAUAUUUUCUGAAGAGUUUCAUAUUAGUGUAACAAGAACAUUAAUUUUGAAGUUUCAUUGGAUUGAUUCCUUCGUAGAGGAAGUGAAGAAACUAUGUGAACAGACAAACAGGUUCAAUUUGGAACUUCUGAAUGUAAGAGCAUAUACUAAUGAAGAGACAACACGCACAUUUCUUGGAAUAGAAUGUUUUGAGUCAAAAGGAAUACUUGCUCACUUUAUAAAACAUCUUAAUAAUGUUCUUGCUGAAUAUGAGUUACCACCAUUUUAUGAGGAUUCAUCCUAUCAUAUUAGUUUUCUAUGGUGCCUUGGUAAUGAAAUUGCAAGUUUAAAUGACCGUUUAUACAUUUUGACUACAAAAUUAAAUCAACUUUUGGCUGAUCAUGAAGAAGAAAGGUACAUAAACGUUAAUACGAUUCACCUUAAAAUUGGGAACAGAUUAUAUGCAUUCAAGCUAAGGUGAUAAAUAAUAUAUCUUGUUGUGUGUAUAAGUCUACGACAAAUCUAAGCAGUGCCGUAACGAGAAUAUGAAGCGCCUGUGGCAAGUGUCUAACUUGCGCCUUCUCGUAAUCCAAUAAUAACAAAAUAAAUUAAAAAUUUUAAUGUAACAAGUUAAAUUUUACUAAAUGCAAUAAAUACUAUUGACCUUAUCAAAA